CUGUUGCCCGCGCGGCAGAUUGUGACUACACGUUUAGCUGAAAAUGUUACUCCGAGCGUCAUUAAAAUAAGAGAAUACCGUUCAAGAAAUGGCAUUUGUCGACGUGGAUCAAAUUUACAUCGAGAAACACUUCAAACAUUGCUGUUAACGUGAAGCGCUCGUGGGUCACUGCUCGCAUCAAUUGCUCUUCUACAAGUCCAUUAGGUUUAAGUUACUCGAUUUAAAAACUUUUGCGCACCCUUCGAUCGGCUAAACGGAGGCGGCAGCUAACCACCUGGAGGUUGAGAUGAACCCACGCGUCACAGGGAGUGAAGCGGAGAGGAGAGCCGUGGACGUGAGUAUCAUCACGCCAAUGUACAAUGCAUCCUGUUGGCUGGAUGAAUGCCUGCAGGCCAUCUCACAACAAGACUUCACCGGAACCAUGGAGCUCUCUGUCUUUGACGACGCAAGCACUGAUGACUCCAGGGAAGUGGUGGAGGGUUGGAAGAAGAGGCUGGAGGCGAGGGGCAUCUCGGUUGUGAUCUCCGGCCACAACUCUCCCCAACCAGGAGGAGUGGGAUAUGCAAAGAAUAAGGCAAUAACUCAGAGCUGUGGAGAAUACUUGUGCUUUCAGGAUGCGGACGACGUUAUGUUGCCACAAAGAGUUCGUCUGCAGUAUGAAGCAACCCUUCUCCACCCAAACUCUCUGAUUGGCUGUAAAGUCCAGCGGGAUCCAGAGGGAUCGACUGAGCGUUACACUCGCUGGAUCAACACAAUCACCCAGAAUCAGCUCAUCACGCAGGCGUACACGUCACAUGGGCCCACAGUCGUCAUGCCGACAUGGUUCUGUUCAAGGAACUGGUACCUGAAGGUUGGACCGUUUAAUGAGGCUGGCAAGGGAGUCCCAGAGGACUUGCUCUUCUUCUACCAGAGUCUUCGUCAGAGAGGGGGCGUGGCCAGAGUCGAUCAGUGCCUGCUGGUGUACCGCUACCAUGAGAAGGCUACCACGCACUCUGUUACAGAGGAAACCAUUUGGAAGCUGAGAGUUGACUUCCUGCAGGAGCAAGUUCUCAGCCGAUGGGCGAGCUUCACCAUAUGGAACGCCGGGAAACAGGGCCGGAAGCUCUAUCGAAGUCUGAGCCCGACCAAUCAGGAGAGGGUGAAAGCUCUUUGUGAUGUCGAUGACAACAAGAUCAAGAAAGGAUUUUACACAUAUGAGGAAUCCAAGGUGAGACCAGCCCCUGGGAUCCCAAAUACAACAAAAGACCAAAGCCCAAAAUACCAGUUCUGCACUACAGAGACGCCUCCGCUCCCUUCAUUAUCUGCGUUAAACUGGACAUGACGGGAGGCGUUCUGGAGGAAAACCUCAACUCUUUGCUGCUUAAGGAAGGAAUUGAUUUUUACCAUUUCAACUGACGGCUCUAAGUGACGGAGGUGUAACAGGAGGAGCUCCUGAGAGUGACAGGUGACAAUGAAGGGCGAACUGUGGAAGUCCUCAAAGAUGAAAGAUCUGCUGAUUGAAGAGAGUUCAUCUCGGGUCUGUUUCCUCACAUCCAACCCACAGCAGUCGGAUAGUUAUUAGUUAUCAGUCAGGAGGAAAGUUCCACUAUCCGUUAUAUCUGCUUGGCUCCCUUUCGUUGUGUCGGUUCAUAAACAUCUAAGUUUGUGUUGCAGUAGGUGACAUCAUUAAUGAGAAAAUGAUUUAUUGCAUUCUGUAUCAUGUGAAGCAGAUCUGACAUCUAGACAUCUUUAUGUUUCUUUUUUCAUGUUUUCAUCAGGCUGAUAGCAGCCUUUCUAAAUAUAAAGUACAUUGUUUAAUAAAACGCUCAUACGUUGAAUGAAAAUAAAUGUCCAUCAGUUUGCUGGGCUUUUAAUCUGAGAAUGUAAUGGAUUUGAAUGAUAUUAAUGUGUAGAUUGAACCCUGGCCAAUCAGCACGUCUUUAUUCGUUCUAGGUUUUAGGUGAGAUUUUACAGAUUUUACAGAUUUUACAGAUAUGUAUUAUGCAAUAAGGACAUGUGAUUUUUUUCUAAGCCUGUGGACUGAGAUUGCUUAUGGCUGAACUCGUUCACUUCAGCUUGUGUUGAAAUGAGUAGAAGUUGUUUGACGUGUCAUCACAGAAGGUUUCACUUUAUUAAAAGGGUGGGAUGUUUUAGGACUGAAAUCCCACCGGUUUCUCAACAGUCUUCUCUGAUGCAAAAUCAGAUACACAGCUGCUCCGAAUGUACGAACCUGGGUACUGCACGCUUUUGUUCGUCUUUCCCUGGGUCUCUUAUGAAAUCUAAAGAACAAUAACCCCUUGAAGAGAGCACAGUUCUGACGCAUAAACAGGCUGUAAAAGUUUAUCUGACCUCACAGGGUGUAGAGUUUCUUCUGGCCGAAGGUAAACAGACCUUUACCCACAAAGUCUCCCCGGUGUUUCCAGGGCCGGCCUUACUGUAAAUCCAGCCGCAGCAGUUAGUUGGAGGGAACACUGGGGGGGGGGUCUCCAACUCUGCCAAAGGGUUAUUUUCUCUGUUUGUUACCAUGCAGUGAACCUACCCAGUGGUGUGAAGGCAUAGAAACACUGUGCCAUGUAGUUGGGCUUCAUUUCACUGACUUUAAUCAAUUGCAGGAUCGUUUGGGUCUGAUUCAGCGGGAGAUUUGAGGUGGAAACCCCCAGACCUCCAGACCUCCACCACCCACAGCACGGGGCUGUGGAGGGGCUGAGAAGAACAUGACUUCCACGUAGCACUCAGUCUCCACCUAGCCCCCUCUUCUCUGUCUUGGUUUGAGCCACGAGUCUCACCGCAGAGACGUGGAGCAGGUCUACCUACGCUGCUCUCAGGGCUCUCUGGAGUGGCUCUACCCCACAGGCGCCAUCUUUGUCAACCUGCGGCCAAACACAGAGCCCUCAUCGGGACACG